AUCUCCCCGUAUACGGACAUAAGAUUCCUCAGGUGUUUGGGUCGAAACCUCGGAGGAAUGUGACCAAUGUAUAAAAUCCCUGGAACACACUUCCUGGCUGAAGAGGAAGUUGGCUUAGGCCCUUGGAGAGUUCUCUUUGUCCGCUUUAUUUGAACACUAUCUUCAUCAUCCACAAUUGUUGUGUCCUCUUCUUCCUCUUCAGUAGUCAUCUUCUUGUCUUCUUCUUUCUCCUGAAUAGUCACCUUAGUGUCCACCUCCUCCUCCUGAGAUGUAGACUUCCUGUCAUCCUCUUCCUCCUGGACCGGCAUCUUCCGCUCCUUUUGUCUGUUGAGUACAAAUCAAAGACUAUUUAUUACAUUUGAGGACAGCUACAAGUAUGUUACCACAACAUUUGGUCUAAAUAUUUGUAUUAGUUUUAAUCUAUUUUACUUUUAAUCACAGACUGCACACGUCGUACUUGUUAACAGGGAAACAGCGACACGAUCUAUUUAUGUAAAAUAAAUAAUAGUGAAUUAUUGCUGAGCUUAUAUUUCGAUGAAAAAUGUUAAAUAAAAUAUUUCGAUGAGUGAAGGUACAAUGCUAAACACUCCAAAUAUGUCAGAAUCUCACCGUGAGACCACACCACGGCGUGUCCAAGCGUCGCGUACUACUGACGAAACACUUCCGUUCAGAGCAGACGCACUUCCUGGUAUCACUUUAAAAUAAAAGCUUCAUAACUCUUCGGUCGUUUUCAUAUUUGCGAAGUUUAUCUGCAUAGGGGACUCGAAUUGAAUUAUUAUUUAAAAAGUGAUGAAUACGAAUUAACAAUAGGAUCUUAUUUUAUGUCAACCCAAAUUUCACACAGUUUAAACUCAUAUUGGUUUUCAGAGAUGUUUUAUUUUGAAAUAAAUUUGUCGCAAGGAAUGCCGGGAGGCGGGAUGUUUUGAUGUGAGUAGCGGCUAACGUUACGGUUAGCAAACAAACAUGCAGAGACCGGUGUCCACUUUGCUGCUGAGUCCAGGUGUUAAAGUCAAACUGCUCAACGCGGGAUUUCAGGUGCUCAAUGACGUCAUUUCCGUUUCAGCGCUCAACCUCAGUCGAGAGGCGGGUAUCAGCCAGCAGGAGGCGCUGGAGGUACUGCAGACAGCACGGAAGGAGGGAGGAGCUGAUGAAGGAGGGGGAGGAGCUCCUCUGACGGCUCUGGACCUCUUGCAGAAAGAGGAGGAGCUAAAGAGCAUCGUGACCUUCUCCUCGAGUUUGGACAAUGUGCUGGGAGGAGGACUUCCUGUUGGGAAAACAACAGAAGUCUGCGGAGCACCGGGAGUGGGAAAAACACAACUUUGUCUGCAGUUGGCAGUGGACGUUCAGGUGCCACCAUGCUUCGGCGGCCUCGGAGGUCAGGCGGUAUACAUUGACACGGAAGGAAGCUUCAUUGUUCAAAGAGUCGCUGAUCUUGCUGCCGCCGCCGUCCGCCAUUGCUCCUUGCUGACAGACGACGCAGAGCAACAGGACGCCAUGACGACCUUCACCGUGGACAGCAUCCUGUCCAACAUCUUCCUGGUGCGUUGCCAUGACUACGUGGAGCUCCUCGCCGAGAUCUACCUGCUGCCCGACUUCCUGUCUCAUCACCCUAAUGUCCGCCUUCUUGUGAUUGACAGCGUGGCAUUUCCCUUCCGUCAACUCUUUGACCAACUGUCACAGCGGACACGCCUCCUCAACGGCCUCGCCCAGCAGCUUAUCGCCAUGGCGACCAAGCAUAACAUAGCCGUGGUCAUGACCAAUCAGAUGACCACAAGGCUACGGGGUGGACAGUCUCAGCUCGUCCCUGCGCUGGGGGAAAGCUGGGGCCACGCCCCUACCCUGAGACUACUCCUGCAGUGGGCGGGCUCGCAGAGGCAGGCCACCAUAUUCAAAUCACCAGAUCACAUGGAGGCCACGGUCGGUUACCAGAUCACCACAGACGGCUUCAGGGACGCAGAACAAUCAGAGCAGCUGCAAAGUAAACGCCCACGUGUACUCCUUGACCAAUCAGAUGCCUGCUCCAGCAAACAGAUGCAGUUAAUUGGUGACAAUGUUUCUUUAUAAAUGUUACUUUAGUGACUCAUUAAAAUGUGUUUUCAAACCUUUGUUUUCAUCAACAAGGUCUCUCAAAAGACAUUUUGGUCUCUAAAUAUGAUUUAGUGAGUCCAAGUGGUCGCUAAAAACCUUUCAGGAAGUCACAAAUCCAUCAGUACUUUUAUUUUGGUAAUUAAAGGAAACAGCGGUUGGUGUGUCUAGUUGUUAUUGAAUAACAUGGAUGGGAGUUCAAUGUUUACUAGGAAACUAGUCAGUUUAUAUUUCAAAAUAAAAUGUCCUCAUUAUCAGGGCAGCUUAAUUGUUGAGUCGCUGAAUAUUUCGCGGGAUCGCUUCAGCGACGACACAAACACUUUUGUCAUGUUUUUUUUUAUUGGUGUCAUGAAUAUUACACGUCUGUGCUUUAUUUGAUUCAGUUGCUCACUGGACCCCCCCCACCACCACCCCAUCGUAUCUCCCAAAUUAACAUAAAGAACCGAGUCAAUUC